AUGGCUAAGGUUGGACUUCCUAAGAACAUUGCUGCUGUCGCUGCCCCCGAGGUCGGCUCAGUUCGUCUUUUUGGCAAGUGGGAGUACGACGUCGAAGUGAAGGACAUCUCCCUCACCGACUACAUCUCGCUCCGCAACGCGGUGUACGCCCCUCACACUGCUGGCCGCUACGCCACCAAGCAGUUCCGCAAGGCCCAGAUGCCCAUUGUCGAGCGUCUUGUCAACGCUCUUAUGUUCCACGGCCGCAACAACGGUAAGAAGCUCAUGGCUGUCCGCAUUGUCGCGCACGCCUUUGAGAUCAUCCACCUCCUUACCGAUGCCAACCCUAUUCAGAUCCUGGUGGACGCCAUCAUCAACACUGGUCCCCGUGAGGACUCGACCCGUAUCGGUUCGCAGGGUACUGUCCGUCGCCAGGCCGUCGAUGUGUCGCCUCUGCGUCGCGUGAACCAGUCGAUUGCGCUCCUCACCACUGGUACGCGCGAGUCGGCUUUCCGUAACGUGAAGAGCAUUGCCGAGUGCCUUGCUGAUGAGCUCAUCAACGCCGCCAAGGGUUCGUCGAACUCGUUCGCCAUCAAGAAGAAGGACGAGCUCGAGCGUGUGGCCAAGUCCAACCGUUAA